UCCAACAUGGCGGCGGUGCAGAAUUGUCAUCACUGAGGUGUCCUGAAGUAAAUAUUGAGUUUUAUUUAAAUGUCAUUCAAGACACGGUGUUCACGGGAGGACUUUUUUAUUGUAAACCACCAGUAUGGGUUCUGCAUAGCAUUCACAGCUCUGUGUGAGUGAGAAAGUACCUGGAGCGGCGGCAGAAAGAAGAAAGAAGCGUCAGCCCUGACUCAUCCUCCCAGCGGCAGCCAUGUCUCUGGGCGAGCCCACGUCGGAUUCUGCGCCAUUCUUCUCCGAUGACAGCGAGGCAGAGGGUCCAGAGGAGCAGGGCGGGGCUGUGGCUCAGCGGCCCCAGGAGGAGCCGGCCAGCGGGGUGUCUAGCAUCCGAGCGCUGCUGACCGUCUUCAUCCUCUGCUACAUCAACCUGCUCAACUACAUGGACAGGUUCACUGUGGCAGGUGUUCUCCCCGACAUCGAGCAGUAUUUUGGGAUUAAUGAUGAGAAGUCAGGCUUGCUCCAAACAGUUUUUAUCUGCAGUUACAUGUUCUUGGCUCCGGUCUUUGGAUACCUGGGCGACAGGUACAACAGGAAGAUCAUCAUGAGUGUUGGCAUCACAUUCUGGUCUUUGGUGACUCUUGCCAGCUCCUACACCCCCAAAGAACAUUUCUGGGCCCUGCUGCUGACCCGAGGCCUGGUUGGAGUCGGCGAGGCCAGUUACUCGACCAUCGCUCCCACCAUCAUUGCUGACCUCUACGUGAAGGGAAAGAGGACAAAUAUGCUCUCCAUUUUUUAUUUCGCCAUCCCUGUCGGCAGUGGUCUCGGAUACAUCGUGGGGUCACAAGUCAGUAACUUAGCGAAGGACUGGCACUGGGCUCUGCGGGUGACUCCAGGGUUGGGACUGAUUGCGGUGCUGCUGCUGCUGUUCGUGGUCCAGGAGCCUAAAAGAGGAGCCGUUGAAGCUCGGCCAGAGCAUCACCUGCACCAGACUAGCUGGCUGACUGACCUGAAGGCCUUGAGCAAGAACUACAGCUUUGUGUUGUCCACCUUCGGCUUCACAGCAGUGGCGUUUGUCACCGGCUCUCUGGCUCUUUGGGCUCCUACAUUCCUCUUCAGAGCGGCCGUCUUCAACGGAGAGAGAUCUCCCUGUGUGGAGGGAAACUGUGCCUCCUCCGACAGUUUGAUUUUUGGGACCAUCACCGUCGUCACAGGUGUGCUGGGCGUGGCCAGCGGCGUGCAGGUCAGUCGGCAUCUGAGGACGAGGAACCUCAGGGCUGACCCGCUGGUGUGCGCCGCCGGUCUGCUCCUCUCAGCACCUUUCCUCUACCUGGCCAUUGUCUUUGCUCAGGCCAGCACCAUUGCCACAUACGUCUUCAUCUUCCUCGGGGAGACCUUCCUGUCCAUGAACUGGGCCAUCGUGGCUGAUAUUCUUCUGUACGUGGUCGUUCCCACUCGUCGCUCCACAGCAGAAGCUCUGCAGAUUGUUAUCUCACAUCUACUGGGAGAUGCAGGAAGUCCAUACCUGAUAGGAGUGGUGUCAGACUCUCUGAGAAAGAGAGACUCGUUCCUCUGGCAGUUCCGCUCUCUGCAGCUCUCUCUGCUGCUCUGCGCCUUCGUGUCCGUUAUAGGUGGGGGUUUCUUCCUUGCCACCGCCCUCUUCAUCGAAAACGACCGGAACCGUGCUGAGAACUACGUCCCCACAGAUGACGAGCCGAUUGUUGUACCUAAGAGCGGGCGAUCUACCAGAGUCCCAGUCUCCAGUGUUCUGAUCUGAUGACAGAAACCUGUCAGCCUGGUCUAACACACACCUGUGGUUAUUAUAUUUAAUGUUUUUAGGACCGCACACGAAUUGGACUAUCUGCCAUGCAGAAAAGUUUUAUGAUAUGUUUAUUUUUAAAUUCUUGACAUUAUACUUUUUUAUAAUUUUACCGUGCCCGGGAACACGCCAUCAUAUUUGGGAGAACUUUUUUGCAUUUUAGUCUCCUGAUGUUAUUUUUUGAAAACCAAGUUUGUUGAAAAUGUUUUGCGAGUGGACAUGAUACUGAGAGACUCUCUGAGGAAACACGACAGAGCCUGCUUUGUGGGUUUUAUUUGACACUUGUGGACUGGAGCCAAACAACCUGAUCAUCAACUGAUCGAUACCUUUCUUUCCUUCGGUGUGACAGGAAACCGGCUGAAAACAUAAAGACAGUAUGAUUGAUAUCCUCUGUAACCCCAACCAAAAAACAGGCUGCAUUGUGCUCCUCAAGUUAUUUUAUAUACAAGAGAAGCUUUAUUAAUCAGUUCAUAACUGUAUUUGUAUAUGUUUGAACUAGUUUUAAUUAUGACACUAAUAUUCUUACAGUUGUCCAACAACCAGAAAAUGUCAGAGUCCAUUUUUAUUCAUCUCUUAAUCUUUUGCAGACAUAACUGCUGUUUUUAAAUCCUGUUGCUUUAGUUUUAAAGGUGCCCAGUGUUUGAGGGAGUGCUGUUUACAAAGCUGGGGUUUUUUAUUUUAACUUUUGUUUCAGGCAGGUUUCUGGUUUUCUUUGCAUCAGCUUGGAGCUCAGUCUAGUUAGCGAGCUUCACCAAGUCGACCGAGGUGAGAAACUAGUGUGACGGUUUGUCUCAGCAGGUAGAGCACGCUCUGCAGAACAUACUGUUUUAUUUAACACGGGGGGGGGGGAAACAGUUUUAAUUGGAUGUUAAUUAUCAGAGUUGUUUGUUAACCUCAAAUUAUUUUAGCAAAUCUUUUUUGUGAACUUAUUAAACAAGAAUUAACUUAUCAAA